ACAGCUCUGUUCACACCAACUAGCAGGGCUGCCUGCGUCAAUAAAAGGCGGUAGCAGAGUCAGUGAACUGUCAUUUGGUGCUUGGAGGAUUAUCGUUUCAAAAGUCGCUUCAUGUUAAAGUAAGAUGCCAGGAUUUUUUUUCCCCCACAGCAACAUGACUGAAUUAAAUGGAAAAGACGACUGCAAGCUGGCAGAAGGCAAAAUCCAUAAAAAGAAGCAAAAGGCUUUUGGUGCAGAUCUCAAAAAUUAUCUGAAGUGCAUGGUACCACGUAUCGAAUCUGGGAUCAAGACUUCUAACUCCAGAAACUUCAUGCUUUCUGCAGAGGAAGUAAUACAGUGGUCCCAGUCUUUGGAAAAGCUUUUGGCCAGCCAAAGUGGUCAAGGUGUCUUCCGGGAGUUCCUGAAGUCAGAGUUCAGCGAGGAAAACAUUGAGUUCUGGUUGGCUUGUGAGGAUUACAAGAAAACCAAGUCUGAUCACUUACAAGGCAAAGCAGAGAGGAUUUAUGAGGAGUUUGUUCAGUCAGAUGCUAUUAAACAGAUAAAUAUUGACUAUCAGAUGAGGGAAGCAACAGCCAAAAGGGCUCAAGACCCAACUCACACAAGUUUUGAUGAAGCCCAGAAAACUGUGUACAUCCUCAUGGAAAGGGAUUCAUAUCCCAGGUUUUUGAAAUCCAAAGCCUACCUGAACCUUUUGAACCAGCUGCAAACCAACACCUCAAAAUGAAGUGCUUGAGGCAGUGAAGAGCCAAGUAGACUCUGUGUCAAAUAUCCCGCGGAGAAAUCCUUCAAGGUGGUUGGAUCUUGGCAAGGAGUACCCUGGCCUUGGGAGGAGGGGUACAAGCAAGAUGCAAACAGCUCCACAGCCAAGAGACCGCAGGAUAGAAGCUGGCAAGACUGUUACAAGGGUGAGAGCAGCACAGGGAGAAAAUCCUCUCUUCCCAUAUGUUAUGGAGUCAAGACAGCAUAUGGAUAUUAUUUAUUGUUUGAACUAUGCUGUGAACAUUGAACCAAGUCUUAGAUCCCAAAGAACUGUUGAAUGUUAGGAAGUGCAAGACUAGCAAGCUAAGCGUUGGGGAAAGGUUACCAAGUUCAGAAGAACAAGGAUGACUGGCAAUUUUGUGCCUAACAAGAAAAUGCCCAGAUAAGACUGACUAAUGGCUUUUUUUCUAGUCUGUGAAGUGUUAAUAAGUGUGAGUGCAGUUCCAUGAUGCUAUUGUGCUAUGUAAAUAUAUUAUAAAUUGUCAUGUCUUAAAACUGAUAUUUUUUUAAGUUAUAUAAGAAUUAUAUAAGCUGUAUUUUACUAAGUCUGUAUUCAACAGGCAGGUAUGUAGCAUCUUUUCUGUUUAAUUUAUUGCAAAACAAUAAGCAACUCUUCAAUUAAAUUACUUAAAAAUAAAUUUUUGUGGUUAUUUUA